AUGAGACGUUUGACUUCGGGCUCCCUGGCCCUGCUCCUCCUGUUGGUACCUCUGAUCUGGGGUCAGGAGGUCAACGGGAAUGAUGGGAGGCCGACCUGCAGGCGCUGCAACCUCCAUCACUGCUGUAACUGCUCCCACAGCGGAUUCACCCGCGUUCCCGUGGUAACACACCAAGCACUGAGGCUGGACCUUUCCUUCAACAACAUCACCAACAUGACCAAAGAUGACCUGAUGGGUCACUCACGGCUGAGGGCUCUGGAUCUCCAUGCUAACGGGUUAGCUGAUAUCCAUCCGUCAGCGUUCGACUCUCUGUGGAGCCUGGAGGAACUGGAUCUUUCUGACAACCAGCUGACGGUUCUCAACCCCAAGUGGCUCAAAAAUCUGGCGAUUCUGGAGCAUCUCAACCUGCUCAACAACCCGUACAGCCGUCUUGGUUCCCCUUCGAUGUUUUUUGGACUCGUCAGACUGAGGAGGCUGAUGUUUGGAGGUCCAGCCUUGAAGGAACUACGGAGAACAGAUGUGUUUGGAGUCACGGAGCUGGAGGACCUCACUGUCCACGCGAACAACCUGGCCAGUUAUGACUCUGGCACAUUAGGAGACAUUUGGCCUCUAGGUUGUGUUACCUUAAGCCUCCAUGGUCCGUUUCUAACCAACGUGGCCUUGGCUGCAGCUGUGCUCGCGGACGUAUCGUACCCUGAGACUCCAAUCGUUCUAAAGGACCUCCAUCUGAUUGGGAAUCAGUCUGUCCUGCCCUUCAGAGAGUCAGCCAAAAAGAGGAUCAGAUCUCUUUCUUUCCGUAACUUUUCUGUGUCUGAUGCGACGCUUGUCGACUUCCUGAUGGUGCUGAAUGGAGACCCGCUCUCCUAUCUUCACGUGGAAGACGUCACGUUGAAAGGCGAAGGGAGGUGGGAAAAAGCCAAUAAAACCGAUUACAAAAGCAUCGACCAGUUCUUUCUUCGAAAUGCUGUGGUGGUCGACGUCUACAAGUUCGUUUCAUUCCUACAGCUGGGUUUUCUUCUGUAUUACCCAAGGAAGGUGUCCAUCAUAAACUGUGGGGUGUUUGUGAUGCCCUGUGAAACAUCCAAGCUGCUGGUAAACCUGCAGUACCUAGAUUUGUCUGACAAUCUACUGACCGACCUGACCAUAGCAGAAUCGCUUUGUCAUGGAGCGCCAACGCUGAAAGAACUCAGAGUUUUAAACAUCAGUGGAAACCCUCUGAAGUCUUUGUCAAUGAUUAGCCAUCUGGUGACCAACCUCCUGAAGCUGACCCACUUGGACAUCAGCAGAACUCUCUACAGCUCAAUGCCCUCGAGUUGCUCGUGGCCCUCUACUCUGAAAUACCUCAACAUCUCCAGAGCUAAGCUAAAAGCCACCACCACUUCCUGUCUACCAAGAUCACUAGAGGUGCUGGAUCUGAGCUACAACGAUCUCAAAGGUUUCUCCCUGGACUUGCCUUUACUGAGGGAACUCUACCUCUCUGGGAACAAGUUCCUAGGAUUACCCGCUGGACAACACUUUCCGAAUCUACAAACUCUUACAAUGCAGUUUAACACCCUGAAUAUGUUCGGCCUCCCAGAUCUUAAGUCAUUUGGUCGGCUCGAGAACCUCCAGGCUGGUUACAACAAGUUCAUCUGCACCUGCGAUUUCGUUAACUUUCUCCAGUCACAGCUAAAGCAAAACGGAAAUGUCAAGUUAACAGACAGAAAGGACGGCUAUGUCUGCGACUCCCCUCUCCACCUGCAUGGGAAGUUAGUGAGUCAGGUCCGACUCUCGGUGGAAGUUUGCCACCGGGUUUUGUUUGUCUCUGUGAGCUGCGGCGUGGCGCUGUUGGUUGGGUUACUGCUUUGUGUUCUGCUGUGGCGGCUCCAUGUCUUCUGGUACCUGAAGAUGACUUGGGCGUGGCUCAAGGCAAAGCGAAGUUCCCAAAAACAAAGAAGAGCUACUGCAGACUCAGAAGCGCUGCUGUCCUUUGAUGCUUUUGUUUCCUACAGUGAGAGGGACGCUGGCUGGGUGGAGAGCUUCCUGAUACCUGAGCUGGAGGAGCCAAGUGAGGACGGUUCCAGUAGUACCAGCUCCUCUCGGCCAUUGUCCUUGUGCCUCCACAAGCGAGACUUCCUUCCUGGACAUCCGAUCAUGGACAACAUCAUGAACGCCAUCGAACACAGUCGUCGAACUAUCUUCGUCCUCUCCGAGAACUUCGUCCAGUCCGACUGGUGCCGCUAUGAACUGGACUUUUCCCACUUCUGGCUGUUUGAGGCCGGCGGAGACGCUGCCAUUUUGAUUCUGCUG